CUUGAUACUUCUUUCAAAGUUUUGAAUUCAUAUUUUCAAUUAAACUUAACAGCAGUUUAAUUUCUUCAAUGCCAAAUGGCAAAUGAUUUAAUAGUAUGCAGCGUUUCUUUAAAUUCGUUUGUAAUUAUGAAUAAAACUUCUCAAGAUAAUUCUUAAAUCUAAAUCGUCUAGGUAAAUGGAUUUACCAGUUAAUUUUAAAUAUUUAUUGACUAGUAAUAUUAGAAUAUUUUCUUAUUUUCUAGCAUAAUAUCAAUUUAUAAUUUCAAUGGGAUUUUUAAUAAAACUUAUUCACUAAAAACUCAAUUUACUUCUUGCAGUAUCUAACAAGGAUUCUUACUAUUUUCAUCAUAAUAAUUUAUUUACUUUAUUUACAGAGAUACUUUGUAACUUAGAUAAGAUUUCAUUUCAGGACCUUCAGGAUUAAAUAUAAUAAAUUAUAUUUAUGUGGAUUAUUUACAGCAAAUAAUAUUAUAUGCUAACUAGUACUAGUUUGCUUAAAUAUAUAUUUAUGAUGCUUAGACACUUUAAAACACAGCAAAAAUGAAUGGACCUUUUGCUUAAAAUCAGUUGGGAUAUGUUGUGUAAAUGUAUUUUGAUCCAAGUACAACAACACUUUUAUACCUUGAUACUUAAGGAAACUUAUAUGUUAUGCAUCCUAAUGCAGUAAAUUCUGUUUAAAGUAAUUACAAAAUAACUGAAAUAAUUGAUAGAAGCGAAUAAUUAGUUAGCUUUACUUUUGAUAAAGUUACCAAUAACCUCAUAGUUUAUAGUACUAGAGCAGUUUACUAAAUAAAUUAUAGUACAGCAGGGGAUUAAUAUGAAGCUUAAUUGAAUGAACCAGCUAAUUUAUUUGCACCUAUACCAAUGAAUUCUCAACUCUUAGAUUUUUUGAUUUUUAAUGCUGAUAAUACAAUUUUUAGAUACUCAAAAUUCCACAUAAGUUACGAAACAGUUUUGGAGGGUUCAUAAAUUGUUGAUAUCAUGUAUAAUUAGUAAUCUGAUAUAUUAAUUAUAGCUUAAAAAAAUGCAUAUCUAAGAAAUACAAUUUAACAAAUUCAUCCUUUCUAAUGUCUAUCUAACUCUUGA